AUGCACACCUGGGACCGGCUAAUGGUCCUCCGGUCAGCCGCAGCCUCUGGUAUAGCUCUAAUGAUCGAUUUUAUUAUCGCAGCCAUUGUCCGCUUCAAACCGACCGGACAGCCUGGAGUGCCGGAGCGGGCCUGGCCCCGGAGAGGAGGCGGACUCCCCGACCGAGCUCAACAGCUGCCGCCGCCUUCAGGACAAGCCCCCCCUCGUGAAGAGGCUGGCCAUGGGCACCACCCCCACCGAGGAGGAGCUCCUGUCCUCCCCGCUCAUCAUCUCCUCCAAGGCUGUGGACAUGGACAACAACAGGUCAGUGUCAGCUGUAGGAUAUCUUGUAUCUAUAGGGUACAUCGUAGGGUGUCGGAUGGAUCAGAUAGUAAAGUGGUAGGACCACCAGCUCCCCCGGAGAGGACAGACUCUCUUAAUAACAGGCCGGAAGAUGGUGAGCUCAAGACCGCGCCUUGGUUUCAAGCUGGAAUUCCUAGAGAGAUAACCCUCGAAGUUCUCGGCCAAGAACCUGUAGGAUCGUUCAUGGUAAGAGAAAGCACAUCAAAACCAGGCUGUUUCGCUCUUUCUCUGAGAGUACCACACGAAUUUCAGCCGCUCGGUAUAGCACAUUAUCUCAUCCUUAGGACAAAUAAAGGAUACAAAAUUAAGGGAUUCACGAAAGAGUUCCGAACAUUGACGGCCCUCAUCACUCACCACUCAGUGAUGCCCGAGCUGCUGCCUUGUCCUUUGUCACUGUCGCGCUACAACCCUACAUACUCCCAGCAAGACACGAGGAGGGACUUUGCCGACAUCGACUCUGAUCCCGACUACAACACCCUCGCCGAUUUCAGGAGAAUGAUGGCAGACCUCAAUGUCUGAAGUCAUUGUUGUGGAGAAGACUAUAUUUGUUAAAUGUGUGUGGAAUGAAAAUUAGUUCCGUGAGGGAAGACUCCUUUCAUUCGUAAUCAUGAUAUUUCUGUUUAUUUGUGAUUACCUGAAACGACUGAUCUAUAAAAAAUUUAUAUUUGUUUUGUUUUUGAAAUAUCACACCUAUCAGCUAUUAUUUUUGGAUUACAUUACAUCUUACCUGUUAUAUAUCAACUUUAAAAUCAUAUUUCCUAAAAUAUCAAAAUAAUAUAACAAUUUUAACUGAAAUAUGUUUAACAUUUUAAAAAUUGUUAUCUAUUGUUAUAAAUAUACUAGAGCAUUAAUACUUUUGCGAGUUAUAGUUGUAAGAAUAAUUUUCUACUUGUUCGAAACAAAAGAAAAAUACCUUAGGUUUAUUGCAAAAAGUUAUUAAGUAACAUUUUAAAAAAUAAAAUCACUGGGUACUUUGGUGAAUUUUUCUUUGAGAAAUCAAAACAGUGGACUUAUUGCAUCUAUUUCUGACAUGUUAUAGGAUUUAUGUUAUUUUGCAUAGAUAAAUAUGAUCUGAAAUCACAAAUAUGUAUCUAUAAGUUUAGCUCCAUCAAAAAUAUAUUUAGAUACUUUUUGCAAUAAACCGACAAUAUGUCCUCCAAUUGGUAUUUUUGUUUUCACCAAGUUUAUUCCUCGAUAUUCAUUAUAACUAUUAAAAAUACAUUGUUUCAUAUAUUUUUGGAUAUAAAUUCCAUUUCAAAGCAGUACGCACAAAGAGUUUCCUUGUACAUCUUUGUCAUACUAGUAAAUUCAAUAUUUUUCUUUUAUUUGAAAACAUUUUUAAUUUUAUAAACAAAAAAAUCUUUAUGAGAUGAAAGUAUCCUUGAUCGGAAAAAGUUACCUUGAGCUUCUAAUUUUAUUCCAUCAGUUUUUUUCCAUUAUACAAGUAACCUACCACUUGUAUAUUUUAUUAUUUUUAAUGUUAAAAAUGAUAAUUAGUUUCUUUGAUAGGAAUUAAUAUUUGAAUGUAAUGUGAUAAGAUAAUUUUUAUCAGCCUUGUCAUUGCGCAUAAUUUAUAUAAUUUGUUGAAUAAUGUAAAUAAGACUAAUUUAAGGUUAGAAUUGUAAAAAAAAAAUUUUUUAAUAAUUUGGUCCUAACCUUUUCUGUAUUAAUUUAAAUAUGUAUUAUAGCUGUCUCGUUUUAAAGAUUUAAUUAUUUAAAUGAAUGCUGUGAUCAUUUGUGAAAUUUCUUAUUUAUGAAGUUUCCACUUUGUUAGUUUUGCACUACAUAUUAACCCUUAUAAUUGAUUAUUGCAUUUGUUUCAAUAUGGUUGGAGUUAAGCAAACCCGACAGUGUCAGUCGGAAUGACAUUAUUAGGCAUGAUUCACAUUCUGAUUGUUCAUGUAAGGUUAAUAUUGAUGGACUGACAGGAUGGAUAGUUGUCCAAAAGUCCUGAAUUCAAAGCUUCAGUCGCGAGAAGGGGAGUGGAGACUGAAGUAAAAGUGGUGAGGAGACUGACCUAUCUACUAGGUAGGCUAGUUUACUUAAGCCUCACUCAAUCAAUGUACAUUCCUGAUUUUUAUUUAAAAUAAAAUAUUUGUUCAUAUCCCUAGUUCAUAUUUAUAUAAACGAUCAUCAAUUGAUUUUUUUAAUUUAAAUUUUCAACUACACAAUUUACUUACAGAAAAAUUUAAUCUUUCACAAUUGUGUAUAUUUAUCAGGUCUUUUUCUUUUUUUCUCAACAAAUUUAGUAUUUUCGCAAUAUUUUUCCUUAAUAUUUGUAAGUAGUUGACUUAUGUUUUCCUGUUGUCUAAAUUAUGUUCAGGCACUAAGAAGUAAUUAUUAUAUCUCUACUUUCCUCAUGAUGCCCAAUGUUAUAGAGAAUAAUAACCAAUAGGAGUUUUUAAUAAGACACAUUAUUAUUAAUGGAGAAUGAACCAGAUCCACACUGCCUGUUAUUUCAACAUCGACUGAGCUAAAACGGUGCCAGUCUUAUUGAUACGUGUAGGUUUUAUUAUGAUUGAAGCAAUCCUUGUCAGUCUUGUGACUGUCCCUCACAAUUCAAUUGAUGAUUGAACUAAUAACUCCAAAACCAUUCAUAAAAUCCGAUGACAAUAUAUAAUAAAAAAAUAUAUUUCCAAACAUUACAUAUUUAAUAAAUUGGUAAUUAUAUUUAAACAAUGUAUCAUAAAUAAUAUUUUAUCAACAAAUAAUUUUGUUCUUUUAUUUUUUGUAUAGAAAAAAAAUACUUAGGAAAAAUGUAACAAUGGAUUAUUUGACUAAUCUUAGUUUGUUAAUGGAUGAAUUUAGAGUGCAAUGCUUCAAUUAUCAUUUAAAUAACAUUUUUAUAAAUUAGGUCACAGUGUUAAUUCAAAGCGAGAUAACUUUUUUACUGAUUCAUUCUUUGAAAAUUUAUUUCUCUCUGAUUUAUUAAACUUUGUACCAAUAUUAAUAACAAUAAAACCAUUAUCAUUUUAAGGUACAACAAAUGAUUGAAUCUUACGAAAAGUUCUUAAUAGUUGUGAAAGUUUAUCAUUUUUUUACUAAUUAAAAACUAGCUAAUAAUUUUAAUUUUCUUAUAAAAAAAUGUCUUUAAAAUUUCAAAUAUAUUAAGAUGCAGUAGUUAUUAAUGUAACUAACUAUAAAUUUUAAAAACCUCUUUAGUCUGGUAACUAUCAGUUUUGAUGAAUUUGAAUUAAUAAUACCUAUUUAUUAUUUUUUAUUUGUAUAAUAGAUUAAAUUUGUGUAUCAAUGAGUAAUAAAUGUAUUAUUUGUAAGAAAAAACUACAUUGCCAAUCAUCAAACUAAACAUCAGUAUAAGAUAUGAAAGAUUGGUAUUGCCGGAGCUUUGAGGGAAUACCUGACUGAAGAGGUUUGUAAUCAUCAAAAAACUUAUAAAAAUGUCAGAAACAUUCCUGUAAAUGUGUUAUAGCAUAGACUAUUCAUAUUAAUACAAUAAAAUUUUUAAUAUGGUUAAUCUAUGGAUAUUAGGGUUUCAUGUCCGCUUGUUAAAGAAAUAAUGUAAUAUCAAGAUGCUAAGCAUAUAUUGUUUUGUGUAAAACUGUUGAAUUAAUUCUAGUGAUCCAUAAUUAUACAUCACAACCAGCUUACCAUUUAUUGAUUUAUUUGUUCAGUUUCUAUGUAUUGUGUAUUUGGCAUUUGAUCAUGUUUUCAUAAAACUAUUAUAAAUUGCAAAUACUGAUUUUAUGAAUAUAAAAAUAACUUUAACUGAGGAAUUAUUGUCAAUGAAGUUUAUCAUAAUUAGGAAAAAGUUAUUUUGACUAUAUCACCAUGUUCAAAAUAUUAAAUCAGUUCAAUAGCUUUAAAUCACUUUGGUACUAUGGAAGUUGUUUCACGAUCCUUGUUAUCAAACUAAGCAUUAAAGGAACUGUCCAAGCAACUAAUUGUAACUUAGGUUACUAAUAUAAAGAAAAGAGUAAAUAAGUUUUUUUUAACAAUACAGUGAAAUAUUAUAAGUUACAGGUACUAUGUUUUUGUAUUAUUAUAUUCAAUAUUUUUUUUAUGUUUUUGUAAUAGUAGUGUUAACAAUGAAUAGAUCUAACUUAAAAGUUUGUAUAACUGAUCUAUUGUUCUCCCAUCAGUUAUCAUUACAUGAUAGUGUGUAAGUGUUUCAAAGUUUAUAAGUAUUGCUGUUGAUGGAAUAUUAAUUUUAUUAUUAAUUCAUAAAACAAUUUUAAAUAUAAAAAUGAAUAUAUAUGUGUAAUGCUUAUAAUUGUAUAAAAUUGAAAUAAUGUUUAAAAAAUAGCUUACGACAGGCUAUGUGUACUUAUUGUAUUAUAAAAUCGCAUGUAAAAAGUAUUUUGUUAAUGAAGAAAAAUUAAAAAAAAAUCUUGAGAAUUAUUAGACCAAUGACACUAGGUCCCGCUAGUCAGUAAUGUCUGUGUUAUAUAUAUUAAAAUGUUUUAGCUUUGGGAAAAAUUUAUUUAAUCCAUAAUUAAAACAAAAAAACCUAUGUGAAUGUUAUUUUAAUUAAUAUAAAGUUGAAGCUAUUA